AUGGCUCGUUCUUUUUCAAACGCAAAGGUUAUCUCUGGCUUGAUCAGCAGGGCAAUCAACGGCAGAGGAUUCUCAGCUGUUGCAUCUCAAGGAGCUGCUGUUUCCAAGGCAAGAAGCAGUGCUGCUUCCAUGGUGAAGAAAACAGGGGAGGAGGUUGGCAAGUCUACCGAGAAGACUUCCUGGGUUCCAGAUCCUCGUACCGGAUUCUACAGACCAGAGAAUGUUAUUGAGGAAAUCGAUGCAGCUGAAUUACGUGCUUCUCUCUUGAAGAAACAUUAA